AUGGCUGCAAAUGGCGCUGGAACGAAAGUGCUGAACCUGCCUGCGAGCACCGAUCCCAGCUUCGUCGAUGCCUCUGGAUACAAGUUUAAGGAGAAGGAUUUCAAGUCCGGCAAAGUCAAGGUGAAGAAGGCCGCCGCAAAGCUGCUGAAUGGCCUGGCAGAGCAGAACUCCAAAGACGAUCAAGACACCCGAGGCUCGUCGUCGCCUAUCCUACCCGAGAUGGACGCGCAGACGAUGGCAGCCUUUCCUACCGGCAAACCAAGAGAAACCAAGCUCGAGACCGUGAUAUGCAAGCACUGCAAGAAACCAGCCCUUAAGCAGGCUGCGGCAGAACAUAUACGUGCAUGUCUGAAGGCAAAGCAGGAGAAGGCUCGGAAGAAGAAAGAGGCUCGAGAAGCAAAGCUGACCAAAGACAAGCCCGUGGAUAAAGAGGGUACUGAAGACGCCGAGGGAGAAGUCGUUGCCAUGAAGGGACAGAAGAGCGCGAAGAAGAGCGCCGGAGACGAUGCGAAGAAGGGGAAGAAGCGGAAAGUUGACGCAGAUGAAGACAAGGAGCCGAAGAAGAAGAAAAAGAAGGACGAGCCGAAACCCAAGGUGCCGAAGCCCAAGGGGCCGGUGGACGUUGAGAAACAGUGCGGUGUUAUACUUCCGAACGGCGCUCAGUGUGCGAGAUCCCUGACCUGCAAGAGCCAUUCUAUGGGUGCGAAGAGAGCUGUUCCUGGACGGUCUCUCCCGUAUGACAUGCUGCUGCAGGCGUAUCAGAAGAAGAACCAGGCUCGCCAGCAGAAAGCUGCUAUUGACGCAAACGCUCCUAUCCACGACGACAUCGACGGCAACGGCCCCAUCGACUCGGACGAGGAGAAAGAUGCAGUUAUGGCUGGACUGGCUCGAUCUCGUCCUCAGCCGCUGGUCACUCACCCGCUCAUGUCCACCCAGCGCAAAUACCAUCUGAUACGGAUGAAGGAGAUGUUCUCCCAAGCUCUUGGUGGUGGCGGCGGCGUAGGAGGAGGACUGUUCUCUGGAGACUCCAUCUUCUCCGGCCGCAGCAUAUUCUCACGCUCAGAGUCACCUCCCUUUCCGUCCUCUAGCGUCGGUAACCCGGCAGAUAGCUCUAUACAACAGCCCCAGGACGGCUCGAGGAAGUCUUCCCUCUCGCAGCAAGCAGCUCAAAACCGGACGGCCCAGUCAGCAGCAGCAGCAGGAGCAGCGGUAACAGCCGUCUCGGCCAAACCUGUCACGGCAUCUUGA